ACGCAGGGUCACGCACGGCGCCGCAGAGCCUGCCGGGAGCUCGCUGUGCAAUGGCGACUCCUAGCCUGCGGGGUCGACUAGCACGGCUUGGAAACCCACGGAGGCCUAUACUAAAGCCCAACAAGCCCCUCAUCCUAGCCAAUCAUGUCGGGGAACGGCGCCGGGAGAAGGGCGAGGCGACCUGUAUCACGGAGAUGUCAGUAAUGAUGGCUUGCUGGAAGCAGAAUGAAUUCCGCGACGAAGCGUGCAGAAAAGAGAUUCAGGACUUCUUCGAUUGUGCUUCGAGGGCUGAGGUGACAGGAGGCUCCUGGGGUGCCCUCUUGGGAAGAGAAUGGGGUAUACAGUAUGGUUCUUACUGCCUCUUGCUUGGUGAUAAGAAAAUUCUUCUCCCUCAAAAAGGGCGAGAAAAGUUUUUGGGAUCUACUUGACUCAUGCCAAAGUGCGAAGGUUUACAAUUUUGAAGGCAUCGUGAUCUUGAGCGAUUUGUUUUACUGCUUUUAGCUUUAUCAGGUGCACAGUGAGGUUAAUAUUCAUAUCUGCCUUAAAGAAUUUUGUGAGUGUUAAGUGAAGAAAUGAAUGGGAAAACCACAUUGUAAAAUUUAAAUUGCUGCUCAAAUAGACAUUAUUCUCCCAAGUGAAUUAAAGAUAGGAAAGGACAGUUUAUUUGGUUUCCAGCUUAGAUUUAAUUGCCAGCUGGAUGAUGGCUUCAGAUCAUACAGUCAUUCAUGGUUCCCAAGUCCUUUUGAUGAAAGAGAACUGGGAAGAUGACGCAGCUCUCCAGGCUGGUUAAUUUCUCAGUGUGAUUUGGGGUGUUGUGAGAACUAUUAGCUUAGGUCAGGGCCAACUUUAGAGCUGUCAUUUUAAUUUUUGUUCUGUGUUUUCAGGCUGCCCGAAAGAUGAGAUCAAUCCAGGAGAACCUGGGAGAGUUGGGGAGUUUACCCCCCAAGAAAUUGAAUAAGUUGUUACAUAGGUUUCCUAACAAACCUCAUGUCAGCUGAAAAUGGAGAAGCAUUUUCAAUGACUGGACUGUAGCUUCUGAGAACUAUGCAGAGGCUUUUUAGAGAUAUUUGCAUUGUCACACGUUCUCUUUGAAGAGUGGAAGGACGUGAAACACUUUUUUUUAACCCUUUGGAAUCAUUAUGUGGAUGGAAAUUAUAUUUUAUGUUGAAAUAAAAUCCCCUGAAGAGA